GAAUGGUUUCACAACGUCUCAUCUCCCUUAUCUAAAUCACUUAACAUUUCCAAAAACAACAACCUCCUGUUGUCAUGUACAGGAUGGUGAAUCUCUUGUUUGUUUGCAGGAAUCAUGGAUAAAAUCUAGAAAACACUAUUCCAGAAAGGAAAUGACUGUUACACAAGCCUUUCCUGGCUGCAGAAAUUGUCCAUUUUAGGUUUAUUGUCCAAGGAGGUCAAGAAGGAUCUUACUCACAGACUUUUACAAUGGUGAGGAUUUUCAUUUUUUGCCUUUUUUACACCAGCCUUUGUGGUCAUUUUUUGGAUACAUGUCCUACAGUUUGUGAAUGCAGGAAUGGGGAGCUUUUUUGCAUGAAUUCUGGAUUAUCUCAUUUACUUUGGCUUCAGUCAACAAAGCACCUCAGGCUGGCUGGAAACCUUGUUGACUGCAUUCGUCCAUCUGGUCUACAGCUGUACACAAAUUUGACAGUUUGGGAUUUGGAAACAAAUGCAAAGUUCUUUAAUUUUGGGUCAUUUUAUUAUCUCUGGAAUCUUACCUCUCUGGACCUUAAUGUAGGUCAUUUCGACAGCUCAAUAUUAGACUGCAAUCUUCUUGCCUCUAAAAUAGAUACCGUAAACAUGGAUAAACUGAAUGAUGUGCAACAAACAGUGCAUUAUAGAAGAGUAACACAGCAGAGAUCAGUAACUCUGAAAUCAUUGGAGAUUAUACUCUUGGACCAUGUGAUGCGAAUUGAGUCAUUGGCGAAAAAUACAUUCAAAGGACAGCAGAGCCUUCAGAGAUUGAAUCUUUCAGGCAACAGGUUAUCACGCUUCUCUGACAGCAUUUUAAGGCCACUUUCUUCUCUCGCUGAACUCAUACUUGAUGAAAAUCUCUUGUCUGAGAUCAGAGACUCCAAUUUUAGGGAAUUGAGAAACCUUAAAGUGUUGUCUUUAAGUCACAAUAGACUUUCUUGGAUACAUCCUUCUGCAUUCAAGGGGUUACACAAAUUGGAAGUCCUAAAAUUGAAAGGGAAUUACAUUUUUAUGAUCAAGAAAGUCACGUUUCAAUACUGCAGAAAGCUCAGAGACAUCGACCUCAGCGACAAUGCCAUUUCACACCUAGACAACUUCACCUUCAGUGGUUUACCCCACCUGAGAAGAUUAAAGCUAAACAACAACCGGCUCCUUCAACUAAAUCCACAAGUAUUCGGAUCAAGCGCUCCACAGCUUCAGUUUUUAGAUUUGACGGGCAACACAUGGAAGUGUGUCUGCAGAUUCCUGAGCCUGAAGAGCUGGCUAGAGUCAGGCAGAAACGGCCUCGUCAUUGUGAAGUGCUCUCAUCCAGAACGCCUGAAAGGUCAGUACCUCCACACUAUCAGAGGCGCAUUGAUCCGCAGCGGUGGCGGCCCACGCAGCAGAGCACGCACCAGUGUUCAAUCAAAGCCUACCCACUCAGGCAGCGGCUCACGGGUGACCAGACAAACCUGUCAUGAUGGUGACAGAUACCACACUCACAGAAGAGUGGGCAGGACUGCUCCACAACUCCUGAUCAAGCAUACAGAGGAAGGAAGCUCUGCAGAACCAGUACAAUACCAGGACGAGUCCGCAGGGGGAGCCUUGGCCACUCAAAACAUACAAUCAGCACCUGAACGAGUUGCGAGAUCCCCCUCUAAUUCAACCAGAAAAAAGGUCACAGAGAACAGCACAGGCAGCGACGCCUGCUCCUACAACCAGCUGGCCAUUCUCAACAUCUCUGCUGUGACAGUAACUUCCAGCUCAGCGCUCAUAAAGUGGACUCUGGCCAAAAACACCGCGCCGAACGUCCACUUCAGAGUCAUGUACGACCACUUUCACACACGCACUCGCUUCAGCCGCUUCGUCAGCGUCAAACAGGGCACAACGUGCAACCUGUGCGAUUUGCGUCCUUCCACGCCAUAUCUGGUCUGCGUGGAGAGUGUGGUGGAUGAGAAGGUGUGCCACGUGGCUUCACGCGAACUCUGCCUGGGUAUCAUCACAAAACCAGAGGAAAUGUCCGGCCCAGAGCCUCAGACUAUCAUCUUGUACCUCAGUGGGGUCAACACUUUUGCAAUACUGGCACUCUUGGCGCUGUUUGCUCGCAUGGGCUGCGUUCUGAGGAAGAGGCUACAGGCAGAUGCUCUUACUUUGCUUUAUUCAAGGGAGAAGAGCAUCUCCUGUGCCAUGUGUGCCGGAAUACCCAUGUCAGACCGCACUUCCGGCAUGAACACCUCAAGCUCUCAUACGGGAACCUAUCAACAAAGUGACGCCAUUGAUGCUAUAGACCUGCCAGCUACCCGCUAGUGUGUAAAGAGGAGACUGACCUGACAAAGGUUGUGUCAAACUGUAGAUUAUAGCUACUGACCUUAAAGGAAAACCCUGUAACAAACACAUUCAACAUUACCAAACAUUCGCAUUGUAUGUAGGUAGAGAAUUGUGGGUAAUCGAGGGCAUAAAGGCUGCUUUUUGAGUUGCAGCACAUUUUGAGUGAAAUUCUGUUUUGUGAAGCCUGGCCUGGAUGUAAACUUGUAAACUAAAUGGGCCCUUAGACCGAAUGGGUGCAAUUUUAUUUUUGUAACUUUAACAAAUUAAACUUUUUUUCUUUUUACCUUUUUCAGCUCUAAAUCUAAUAACACAGCUAUUUAACUAUUCAAAACAUGUGCUGGUCUAAUUCAGUCAGCUUUAUUAUUAUUUUUUACAAGGUUUCUAAGCCUAAGACGAUUGCCAAACUCAUGUGACGUUUAAAAAGCAUGUUUAAAUGCAAGUCCACUAAUUCCUUUGAAGAAAGUCUUUCAUUUAAAGAAAUGGUUGGCUGCAUGUUCAAAUAAGUGAUAUUUAUGACAAAAAAAAACAUGCUACUGGCACUCAUUCCUGUUACUUUUUUAUGUUUUGAGUAACAGGACUGAAAAAGUAACAGGAAGGAGUUUUUAGCAUAGAAUUAGCAAAAACAUGAAAAAUAGCUAAAUGGCAGCUAUGCUAAUAGCUAGAGGACAACAAGCACAUUCUAGUGAUUUUCCCAAAAUUUGUAUUUUAAAAAUAAACAAAUAAGAUCUAAGAAUUAAUUUAGGUAACAGAGGUAACAAAGAUAGGAUUUGGAGUCAUAUUUCAUGGAGUUAGGUCAAUGUACAAGACAUGCUAAAAUAUGCUUAAUAACACAAUGUAUUUUAAAGUUAUUUUGUUUGCACAUUUAUACAUGUAAUUUCCUGGGGACAGAAAUGGCACCCAUUUGUUGGAAUGGCCUAAAUAUACAGACAUAUGUAUUAUGUCUUUUGAAAUCAAGAGUAUAUAAAAAGAGUUUAUCCUGCUAUUGUUAGAGUAACUGUCUUUCUACUAGAUUUUGGAGCAUUGCUGUGAUAUUUUGACUGCAUUCAGCGACAAAAGCAUUAGUAAGGUCAGAAUGUUGAAUGAUCACCACCACACUUCACCCCCAACUCCACAACUCAUUCCAAACGCAAUGGCUGGAGCUCCAUCAUUUCAGAGAACACAGUUACAGUACCCAUAAUUAAAUCUACAGUUCAGUGUUGUCUGAGGCAAACAGACCUCAGGCUUACAGAAGGCCAGCUUUAUGACUUUAUGGGUGCAGAUGUUUUCUUUCCCGUUGAAAACAUAUUCAGAAAUAAAAUGCUGAUUAUUGUGUAAAUUGUAUUGCAUAACACAUUUUAGUUGAGCCACCAUGUAAAAAAUACUUAUUUCACUGCAUUGAAUGUUAUGGCUAUUAAUUGA